AUGUCAUCGGUACGGAGCAGCUCUCUUUUUGCAUCCUCUAUCCUCGUUCUUCUUGUCUCCAUUGUUGCGGUAUACUAUCUCGAACUGGGGCUGAACAUAGACUUUCUGUCACAGGGCAAAGAAACCAUUACAGACUGGGUGAAGCCGGGCGACAGCUCGGGCGAGUUCAAGAGACAGGUUUCGUCGUUUCGGAAUUGGAUCUCGAACGAUCCGAAUGCUGAGUUUCCUGCGGAGAAAGGAAGAUACCAUUUAUAUGUCAGCUAUGCAUGCCCUUGGGCACAUCGAACACUCAUCGUGAGGAAACUGAAGGGCUUGGAAGACAUCAUCCCUUUCACCAGCGUGCAUUGGCAUAUGGCCGAGAAAGGCUGGCGCUUCGCAACUCCCAACGAAAACGUCCCUGGCGAAAAUGUCACUCCUGACCCGCAACACCCAAACAACACCCACCUGCGUGAUCUGUACUUUGCUGCAAACCCGAAUUACGAGGGUCGCUUCACGGUUCCCACCCUCUGGGACAAAAAGAAACAAACGAUUGUGAACAACGAAUCCUCCGAGAUCAUCCGCAUGUUCUACACUGCGUUCGACGACAUCCUACCUGAAAAGUACAAAAACGUCGUGCUUUACCCGGAUGAUCUGAAGGACAAGAUCGAGGAGGUGAACAAAUGGACCUACGACGACAUCAACAACGGCGUCUACAAGUCGGGCUUCGCAACCACCCAAGAAGCCUAUGAACGCAACGUCCUCCAACUCUUUAAAUCGCUCGGCCGCACCGAAUCCCUCCUGGCCGAAUCCUCCUCCCAGGGGCCCUACUACUUCGGCUCUCACCUUACAGAGGCCGAUGUACGGCUAUAUACCACGAUCGUCCGCUUCGAUCCGGUCUACGUGCAGCACUUCAAGUGCAAUAUCAAGGACAUCCGAAGCGGAUACCCGAACAUCCAUCGAUGGUUGAGGCAUUUGUAUUGGAACAUCCCGGCGUUUGGGGAGACAACGCAGUUCGAACAUAUCAAGAAGCAUUAUACCAAGAGCCACAAGCAGAUUAAUCCGUUUGGCAUCACCCCGGUCGGGCCCGUGCCGGAUAUUCUGAAGGAAGAGGACGAGGUCAGUGCUGUGAAGAAGUAG